AUGAAGGACUUCUCACCGGGUCAAAGUUCUGCCACUGUUGCAGAGAACAAGUGUGAUAAGAGCUUUAUCAGCCGGCUGGAGAAGAACAUGCGACCGUCCAUCUCUGUGACUCUUGAGCCCGGGUUGGAGCGAGGGGUCCCGUGGGGUCGUGACCUCCACACCUUUGUAACCUCAGCAGCGGGUCACAUGAUGAGGACUCUGCAGAAACCCAGGAAGAACCGGCCGUCCAAACGGCAGGUCAACCACCGCCGCUUCCUGCACAACAUGAUCCAGAGAAAGUUUGCAGACAUCGAAGCAGGAAACCACCAGCUGGCAAAUGCUCUGUAUUUAAGAGAGGCGGGAAACAACUCAAAGUCGCCGCCAUCACAGAAGCCAGAGACACUUGAGCAGUCAGGUCGACCCUCCCAAGACUCAAAUAAAUGCAACGCUCACACUGAUGCAGAUGGCAUCUCUAAGUGUAGGAGUGACGUCUCUGUUGGCUCACAUGAAGCUGACAUCAGUGAAAAGAAGCAGCAGGAAUGGGGACAUCCUUGGAAACGACACCCCAAAUCACAGCCCUCCACCUGCACCACGAGAAAAAACAACCGGAAUAAAGAGAGACAGAAAAAAGAGACACAGACAAGACACCACAAACUGGUUAAGGUCACACCUACGAGCUCCCCGAAAGCCUUCGACUAUCACCCUGAGGCGGAGCUCUUUUAUACUGAGUGUUAUGAUGAAGGUCAGCUGAAGUCGGCCAACAACCUCGCACAAGACUGUCAAACAACUCAGCAGGAUUUCAUCCAGUUCGACCAAACCGUGGACGUCUCUCCGUCCUUCUCUCCAGAGCUCUCUCCGUUGUCUCUCGACUUGUGCGACCUCUCGAUCCAGAUGUUCACAGGCGUCUCGACCUGCACGCAGAAGAGCAUUGCUGACAUUUCAGAGAGUCAGUGGACAGAUAUUAUGGAUCUUUUUGGUAGUAAGGAGUUUGGAGGCUGUGUGGACGUAGACGCUUAUAUUGAAAGUAUCAUUGCAUGCCAAGGUGACGCCGGGUGGGAAUUCUGUGCUGAUGAUGUUGGAUUUGUGGAUCAGUCGCAUAGUUUCAGCCACAGAUCUGAGGUGGAGGAUCCACGCUGUGAGACAGGUGAGUACAGAUAUGAAUACAGCUGUCAUGGAGAUCAGGGAUCGACCAUAAACCAGCUCCAGAGUAAUCAGAGGAGCUCGCAGGCGCCAAGACAAAAUGAAGACACACAGUUUAACAGUUUUAAGCCAACCCAAGAGACGGACAUCAUCCAGAACCAGUUCCAGACAUCCAUCAGCUACGACUACAACGCCUCAGAGCUGCACAUGUACCAACAUCCUCAGGAGGAGAGUCCCUGUCUGCUGGUUCAUCCUGAAAAUAUCCAAAACUUUACACCAUUCGAGGGUGUCGCUCAAUCUUUCUCUGUCCCACUCUGUAAUCCUGAGCAUCGCCCCAUCCCGACACCGCCGCAGGAGGGCGACUGGCUGUUCACUGAUAUCUUAAAGGACAGGAAGUCAAUGGAGUGCUAG